GAAGCGGCGCGAUGGCGGCAGGUGAGGGGCCCGGGCCGGUCGCCGCUCCGGCCGCCCGCGGCCCGGCGGGCUGAGGGCCCCGCUCUGCGCCCGUGGGCCGGCAGCCGGCACCGCCGCCAUCGCCAUGGCGCUCAUCGAAGGGGUGGGCGACGAGGUGACCGUGCUCUUCGCCUUGUUGCUGGCCGCCGUGGUGCUGGGGCUGGCCUGGGCCUCCACCCGCGCCCCCGAGCCCGCCGCGGCGCCCCGCGCCGACGCCGCCCUGCCGGAGGAGGCCCCGAGCGCUGCCCCGGCCCCCGCCGAGCACAAAGCCCCGGCGGCGGCUGCUGGAGCGGCCCCCGAUGGGGCCGGCGGGUCGGCGGCGGGGCUGCGGCCCCGGGCUGGCCCCGCCGCCGCAGCAGAUCCCCCGGGGGAGGGGGACGGCGGCCCCGCCGAGCCCACCAUGGUGCUGCGGCUGAAGUUCCUCAACGACACGGAGCGCCUGGCCCGGGUGCGCCCCGGUGACACCGUUGGGGCCCUGAAGAGGGCUCAUUUCCCCGGGCAGGAGCAGCAAGUGCGGCUGAUCUACCAGGGGCAGCUGCUGCGGGACGACACGCAGAGCCUGUCGGCGCUGCACCUGGCGCCCAACAGCGUCCUGCACUGCCACAUCGCCCCGCACGGCCCGGCCCCCGGCCCGGCCCCCGCGCACCACGCCUCCGCAGACCCCGUCCACGCCGCCCUCAACGUGGGCAGCCUGAUGCUGCCGCUGUUCCUGCUGCUGCUGGCCGUGCUCUGGUACUUCCAGCUCCAGUACCGCCACGUCUUCACCGCCACCGCCACCACCUUCCUGGCCGGCCUCACGCUCCUCUUCAGCUUCAUGGCCUUCACCAUGUACCGCAGAUAGCACCGCCCUGCCCCGCCCGGGGGGCCGGCUGCCGCACCGGGACUGCGCCCUGGACUGUGCCCCCGGCGCCUGGCUGUCCGGGACGGCAGGAGGCGGGCAGCGCCGGGAGCGACUGCGGUGCUACCUCGCGGGGGGAACCGGGGGGUCCUGCCGCCCCCCAGCCCUGCAUGGACCGUCCCCCCUGCCCGCCCGUGCCUGGCCGCGGUGGGAGCUCCCGCAGCCCCCCACGCUGCUCCGGUGCGGGCUGUGUGUCCUGCUCCCGCGGGGGAUGGCUGGGGCUGCUCCCGGUGCCUCCCAGCGCUGCACGGACCGUCCGGUUCGGCCCGGCCUCCCCGCACCUCUCCCGUGCCCCGCGGCCGGUCGGCUCCGUCGUGGCAGCUCCCGCGGGCCCCGGUGCCGGGCGGGGCCGCUCCCGGGGGUCCCGGCGCGGGGCUGGGGGCUCGCGCUCCCCGCCGCUCUGUCACGAUUAAAGGACUGAACGAUCGCGA